AUGUGGAUGCAGGGAAAAAAGGAAGAAAGCAGGAUAAAUAAGGUCCACACUUGGAGAGCUGAAGGAUCUUGCUCAGCACAGCUGCUGCAGAGGAAAAUGAGCCCGAGUUACAUAUUGUCGGUGUUUGUGAAGGAGCUGCCCGGCUACAUUCUCUUUGCUGGGAUCUUUUUGCCCGUGACUUUACUCCUGCUGCUGCUAAUUGCUUACUUCAGGAUCAAACUAUUAGAAGUUGAUGGGGAACUGGCCAUGGCACAAGACCCCCAAAAGGUUCUCCUGAAUUACCAUGGCCAGUGGCAGAAACCAAGGAGAUCUGGACAAAAAGAGAAAAAAUGCAAGAACUGA